UGGAAGGAGCUUGGGCCGCCUCUGGGAAGCAACGCACGUUCGGUGCACAUCUGUCCAUGUCUUCCCUGGGAGUACUCGGACUUGCCUUGGCAGGUCCCCUGAUUUGGCUUUUGGGAAGUAAACUCAGCGUUUCUCAUUCUGGAUAUUGAUAGUUUUGGAUUUAUAGCAACAUCUCCAGCUUCUCAGCUGUCGCCGACAGAAUUGACAGAAAUGCGGAAUGACCUCUUUAAUAAAGAGAAAGCCAGGCAGUUAUCAUUAACUCCCCGAACUGAGAAGAUAGAAGUUAAGCAUGUUGGGAAAACUGACCCCGGUACUGUCUUCGUGAUGAAUAAAAACAUUUCAACUCCCUACAGUUGUGCCAUGCAUUUAAGUGAGUGGUACUGCAGGAAGUCCAUUCUGGCUCUGGUGGAUGGACAGCCUUGGGACAUGUAUAAGCCUUUAACAAAGUCCUGUGAAAUUAAAUUUCUUACUUUCAAAGAUCGUGAUCCAGGAGAAGUGAAUAAGGCUUAUUGGCGUUCCUGUGCUAUGAUGAUGGGCUGUGUGAUAGAGAGGGCAUUCAAAGAUGAAUAUAUGGUCAAUUUGGUCAGAGCUCCAGAAGUUCCUGUAAUUUCUGGUGCCUUCUGUUAUGACGUAGUUUUGGAUAGCAAACUUGAUGAGUGGAUGCCAACAAAAGAGAACUUACGUUCUUUCACAAAGGAUGCUCAUGCUUUAAUUUAUAAAGAUCUUCCAUUUGAAACUCUGGAAGUUGAAGCAAAAGUGGCAUUGGAAAUAUUUCAACACAACAAGUACAAAAUAGAUUUCAUAGAAGAGAAGGCAUCUCAGAACCCUGAGAGAAUAGUCAAGCUACACAGAAUAGGUGACUUCAUUGAUGUGAGUGAGGGCCCUCUUAUUCCAAGAACAAGUAUUUGUUUCCAGUAUGAAGUGUCAGCAGUUCACAAUCUUCAACCCACCCAGCCAAGUCUCAUACGAAGAUUCCAGGGUGUGUCUUUACCCAUUCACUUAAGAGCACAUUUUACGAUAUGGGAUAAGCUAUUGGAAAGAUCUCGGAAAAUGGCAGGGUCAAAAGUUGAAAGUGGCUGCCCACAUGAUGCACCAACAACCUGCCUCUAUGAAAACUCUGCAUCUGUCAAGAGUGUUUCCCUUCCCUGUUACUUAAGACAGAAUUCCUUACCAUUAGAGCCAUCUCCAUUGGGUGGGAGAGCCAAGGUGACAGGUACGGUCUCUGGUAGGUUGUUCUUGAAAUGCAGACAGUUAUCUGGGGAAAGAGGGUUGGGUUGAAGUUGACAACAUCGCCUUAGAUGUGUUUAUUAGGUUAGUUAGUCAUCUUUGAAAGCAGAGAUCAAGGGCUGAGGAGAGAGGACCUGGGAUAGGUAGAUUUUAAUGGGAAUAAAGAGUAAUUUAGAGGAAAGAUGAGGAUGUACCCCAAAUAGUUUGAUAGUUCAGUAGUUUUUUAUUUAUAAUUUAAGCUCACACUUUUCACGUCCAGCAUAAAGCAGCAACAAAUUAAGUAUUUAGACUAUCAUCUGAGUUUUAGUUUUCUGAGUUUCAACCUCUCUACAUGCUAUAAAAUGUCAUAUAAAGUGUUUAAUUUCUCAGAGAUUCUUCAUGAAGACUUGCAGUGUUCUCUGACAAAAAGAAAAUCCAAAUGACUGCCUUUCUAAAGUGUAUUUAUUUGUGUAAAGUUUAUCACAUAUUUUCUGUAGAAUAUGAUUCUGUGUUACAUCUCAGUAACUGACGUUAAAGAUGAGUCAACUUCUCUGCUACCAGGGAAUGAGAUAAAGAGUAUUAUGUUUCCUCUUAACUUCACAUGAGUUCCAUCAUUAACAAGGGAUUGACGGUGGCCAACUGGGGUCACGUCUUCUGAAGCACACAAACUCAUCUUUAAAGGUAAAAAUGGAUUGUGCUGUAGGAAUAACAUACAUCCUGAAAUCUUGGUGAAUGAUAAGAUUACCACUUUUCAGAUCAUUAACUUUAGAUAUAAGAAAAAUUCCCUGAAUAAGCCAUUGCUGGGGGAAAAAUUAUAAACUUUUCAUGUCAUGAUAUUUUAUUUACUUCCAUAAAAACAGCAUCACUUCUUAAUAUUUCUAAUUGAGAGUUCUUUAUUGAAAAAUAGCAACUAUUUCUCAAUUAAGAGCUCCUUAUUGAAAAUAGCAGUUUGCACACAAAAUAGCAUAACAUUCUUUUCUGUAUUUUGAGAAUUAAGAAAAUAAAUGUUUUUAAAGAUAUAUGCCAAUAGUGAUAUUUAACACAUAAAGGUGUGAUGGAUUUUUGAAGCGUCUUAGAAGAAAGUCAGUGUGGAUAUUGCAGGGUCGCUGUGGAAAUGUGUAUCAGUGACUGUUUAGUUGUAAAUGCACAAAAGAGAAAGAAUGUCAGCCUUAGAGGAUUAUCCUGCUUUGCCCAAUUUUAGAACCAGGAAGCUUUUACUGAAAUGACUUUGUGGAACUUAUUUACAAGCUAAGUUACCUUCCCAAUAGUUUUAUUAUGGACAGUAGUUAGUGCUUUCACUUUUCUGAUGAAGAUGUGUUAAAAAAAAAAAAAAAAAAAAAAGGUUAGGAAUUUCCUCUUCCCCACCAGACUGAUUAUGUGGAAUAAGCAGAAACAGGAUGACAGCCAGCUGGAGUCUGACUGCGGGGACUCACUUCCUCAACACCCUGACCUCACACUGGCUCAGCGGCAGGUCUGAACUGUGCUGAAAUGUUAUAGAACAAAUGUAAAUAAAGCUGUGGGUAGGGAGGGGAGAGCUAGUGGGAGAGAUGCGUUCUGUUGCUUUAAGUGAUGGCCAUUCUUUCUUAUUUCUUGUUUCCACAAAACGUUUUCCAUUUGUCUAACAAACUUCUUAAUAUCAUAUUUCCAUAAGAUAAUUUUAAUACUUUUUAAAAUUUAUAAUUCGAUUUUGAUGUCUUUUCUCCCCACUCCCAGGGAACAGAAAAUAGGGUGGCUGUUAUCUGCUCUGGAGUGUUUUGUCACCCUUCCAUGAGGCCUCCUUUGUGCAUUUGAGUUCACUGUUUAUGCUUAACACUGAAUUUCAACAAAAUGCCUCAUUUGGAACUUA